AUGCUACGCAUUGCCGAACCCUAUAUCACAUGGGGUUAUCCUAAUCUUAAAUCAGUUCGUGAAUUGAUCUACAAACGUGGAAUUGUCAAGCACAACCAUCAACGUGUCUCAAUCUCUGACAACUUUGUGAUCGAACGCAAAUUGCGCAAAGCGCACGAUAUUCAGUGCGUUGUUAUUUGGCGCACGAAAUAUUCACUUUUGGAUCCCACUUCAAGAAAGCCUCCAACUUCCUCUGGCCAUUCAAGCUCAACACCAACCGGCGGCUGGCGCAAGAGCGCUAAUCACUACGUUGAGGUUGGUGAUUUCGGUAACGGUGAAGAUAAGAUCAACAAACUGCUGCGCAAGAUGGUUUAA